AUGAAUUCUCUUUUUUUAGAACCUACAGAAGAAGAUAGAUAAACACAGAACUGUAAGGUUCAUAAAGGAUGUCCUUUGAUAUUUUAUGAAGUUUAAUAAAGGGCAUCACACAGCCCAAUAGUAUGUGCUAAAUGUGUAACUCAAAAUGAUUUACAAGGAAGGAAUUUAAUGAUUAUUGAGGAAAUAUUAAAUUGCAAUGACAAUAGUGUGUUUUAAAAUUGGCCUAUUAUAGAAGAUAAAUCUAUAUUGACCGAGUAUAAAAAUAUUUUAGAGCAAGCGGAUUUAAGAAAAUGCCCAAUAACCAUUUUAGAUUAGUAUUUUGAUAAUCUUUAGUAGAAAAUAAUUGAGAAAAUAUCCCAAUGCAAAAAAAAGAUUUAUGUAGACAUUGAUAAUCUUUUCAUCACAAGAGAUGGCAUUAAAGACAUAUACAACAACGUUUCUCAAAAGAACUACUUUAGAGAGCUCACCUAAGAUUUUAAAAAUGGAGAGGAGGAAAGUUUUAUAAAAAUUUAGUAGCUUAUUUAAGAUGUUAAUAACAAGUGCAAAGAAAAUAGCUAAACACUUACAAAAGCUUAUAAUUUUUAUAAAAAUUCAGAGUUUGCUUUAUAGCUCUAAAUACCAAAUUUAUAUAUGGAGGAUAUGCUUAAUAUAAUUAAUUAAUUACAAGAUUGGUUUUUAAAGGGCUUCUAAGUAGAUUCUUCAACUCAAUUUCAAAGAAAAAAAUAUGAUUACAAUGACACAAUAAAAGAAAUACUCUCACUGGUAAAUAAUCCUACUAACUUUUGUAAAGACUCAUUCUUGAAAAAGCUGGAGAUCUGUUUGCAGAAAGUAGGACCAGCUUUACCAAGAAUCGAACCUAAUUCUUAUUUGAAAGAAGGAAAAGAGAGGCUUGAUUUUACUGUGCUGCAAGAAGAGUAAUUUUAAAUCUAUGAAAAAUCAAUAAGAAACAUCAUGAACAUAGAAAAUUAGAUUAAAAAAAUAAGUGAGGAUAAAGUGAAAAACAGUGAAAUUUUUGAAAAUGUUGAUGUUUUAUAAAAGGAGAUUCAAUCAAAUUUAAAACAAUUUUACUUUUUAUCUUAAAGACAAUUUACAGAAAUAAAACAAAAGAAUAAAUUUGAAAUAGAUCUUACUUAUAAAUGUUCAUUUUAGAAGUCAAAGUAAGAUGGUUUUUCAUAGUCCCACCAAAAAAUAGAAAGAAAUGCUUAAAAUAUAUUAGAAAUUACAACAAAAGAUUCUGGUUGGAAUGUGUAGAGUCAUUACGAUACGUUGAUAAAUCCCUUUACCAAAUAUAGAAUAGUUGUUUAAUUAGAGCCAUAUUCGUCUUUUUAGCAAUCAUAUGAAUUCAAUAUAGGAAUUCAAAAAGAAAAAAGCUGCAAUAAUCAGUGGGUAAGCUCUUCUCCAUACUUCUUCUCUAAUACAAGUGACUGUAAAUUUGAACAUGCAACCAAAGGAUUAGCUUUAUGCAACACUCAAAUUAAGCAUGACAAAAAAAUGAGGUAAUUAGAAUUUCAAAUGUGUAUUUCAGAAAAGCAUUUUCUGAUUGCUGAUUACCCUGAAUACAGUAAUGUCACAACAGCAACAGAAGAACAAUUAAAUGAUCUUGAUUAAUCCAAAAAUUACAAAUUAGGAAUCGAAAUUAAAUCAAUAUAAAAAGUUAAGAUAUUAAAAUUCUUAGAAGUUUCUUCAUUCCCUACAAUAUAGUGA